CACCACUGCACCCCGAGGAACGCCAUUCCCGUUGCUCUUACUACUGCUAUUGUACGCGAGCCAUGGAAGAACGAGACGAGUCACCUGUGAACGACAUCCGCGUUCGAAAGCUCGAACGUGGCAAGCAAAACCAAAGACGAAAGCGUCUGAAAGAGAGGCAGUUGUUCCACGAGCUGGAAGCCCGUAACGAAUGGCUGGAGGCUCAGUUUGGACUCUUGAACAAUGGAUCCGGCGAAGUCGCCAAGUUACUCGCACAGGUAAAGCAGUUGACCGACGACAACCAACGGCUGAAACAGCGGUUACGGGUCGCGGAUGAAUUCGUCACAUCAUGGACCGGGGCGAAACCCGAAAAUACAACUCUGGUGACAAGCCAAACGGAGUUGCAUGAAGCAGACAGUGGGGAGAGGCAAUGUGCUACCUUUUCGUCGAGGCCUCACCAUGAUGCUGGUCCAGAUGAUGAUUCCCCGAUGCCGGAAUUCGCACCUCUUGGGGGUGGAACGGCUUCAUCAGAAGAAUCACCUGAGCCCUCAACCCUCCGACCUGACUCUGACGGUCGAAGAAUGAGCCUAGCUGCAGCAGCAGCAUCGUCAACUUCACAGGUCACGGAUUUGAUCCCACUACUCGUUGACAAAUUGCAAAAAGUGCUCGACCUCCCUGAAUGGCGGAAGUUACCAGUUCAUUGUCAGGUACACCCUUGCGUCGAUCCCUAUGGCGCUGUUAUGCAGCACUUGCGAAGCUCAGCCGCGGCAUUUAGCCAGUGCAGUCCUGAACCGAGCAUUCUGGACCUCAUGUUCGGGGGUUCAUUGAACGACCUUUGCAAUGCCAUCUUCCUCAGAGUGUCAGCUACGCCGCUGCGACGUACCGAGAGGCUAGGUUCGAGUUGGAAUAUCUAUCUUUUCCUCAAGUGGCUCCUCGAGCCGACAGAGCAAAGCUUCGAGCUUGUUCCGCCCAGUCUUCGCCUAACCACAAUGCAGUUGCUCGUCCCUCAUGCCCCGAUGAUAGACUACGUCAUAUGACCGCAGAUGCGAGACAACUUCAUUCGACACGGAACCAAAUACUGUCGCCGUGAGAUAUUCGGGCUACUUUUUGUUGCUUGCCGGAUUCGAGAUACUCCCAAUGCCGACUUUGUCACUCGAAAUAACGGCCAAGAGUUGCAGAUCGAUCCUCACUACCUCAAACGCGCCUCGACGGCCGAGGAAUGGGUGCUCUUGGAUCGAUUCUGGACCGAGUAUCCUGAACUGGUUGAGGGGAUGGAUCCUGAAAAGUAUAUGAUUUUCGAAACAGACCUCGUGUGAAGAAAAGGUUCGAAUUCGCGCCUUGCGUCGCCAAUGUGCUGACUUACAUGGCGGGCCGGUACCCCGGUUCAACCUCCUGAAAUUGAGGCGAGGUACCAUCUUUGUCUGACUCCUCCACGCUCAAAUAGUCUCGAUGACGAUGAUGACGAAAUUUUAUAUUUCCACCUCUCCCAUCGAACACCGCUUAACAGGCCUCCUCGUACAUCACCCACGUUCGAUAGUGACACUACUUUGUGUCUACAUUAUCAACGCCAGGAGAUCUGUGCUGGCCUGGACAUGCUGGGAAGCCACCUGCGUUGAAGAACCAAAUAUCAAGAAACAAGUAGGUGGUCUCAAUUGAUCUAAAUGAAGGAACAGAGCAUGGAAAUUAUAAUAAUAAGCCCUCAAUGAUCGAUUCUUAACACUGUCGAAAUCUAUACCUCAAGCAUCAAUGCCGCUCGGUGAUGCGCAGUUUGCGAUAGCACGGUUUACACACUAAUCCAUGUGUCAAGUCCCAAUCACCCCCAUCAGCAGUCUCAAACGGACCUUCGCCGCAAAUUUGGCAUUGGCUAUUAUAGAUCUCUGUCCUGGCGACCUAUGCACAAGCGAAGCAGACUUGCUUACCAGGAAUUCGGCAGACUCUACGUAAGUGAGCAUUGCAAUCGUCGCAUUUGUUGGUACCCACCGGUCUCCCCUCCACGACUUGAUUGACACAACCGGUGCAAAUGGGAAUUCGAAUAUCGCUAGUCACAUCGGUCGGGAGCCAUCUCCAGUAUUCUCAGUUUUGCUGAUGGGUUCGACCACAUCGAGCACAUCCUUCGACUGGCCAAGCGGCGCGGCAAUGUCUGCACAGAGUCCCAUACAUGGUGAGCCAAUUGUGGGCCACUCGCUGACAUCCUGAGCAUGUCUGCCGAGCUGGGGAAGCAGAUUCAGCUGAUUGACUGGUGGGCUUUGGAUCUGGAGUCUGGACAUUCGAGGGAGGAGGACUUGGGGGUAUAUCGGCCAAGACAGCCUGCAACCAUACCUGGGUCUGGGAUUGAAUUCUGCGUGCCAUUGCGACGGAUGACCUGGUUUGUCACUUACCUUUGAAUUGGUUAACCUUGAUCAAGACUUGCAAUGCCAGUACUUCCAAGUGCGGUCAAGGGUGAUAUGUUGAGAUUAAGAGCCCGGGCGUCUUGGAUCAAUCAAUAUUUAUCUGGGG